GUGAGUAAAUAUGCAAUAUAAACAGAAGGAAAUGUGAAAAUAGCAAUAAUAUAUGCAAUGUGAACAGGAUUCCACGUGAAGAGAUGUCUUAUCAUAGCAACUUUAACAGCUCAGACAUCAACAUAAUCUGGCACCAGGACCCCCAUGCAGCUGCAGAUCACUCAGUGGACCCCCAUGAGAUAAGCCUGGCUUGUAACAACCCUGUAAGUAACGCUCGUCUGUCUGCACUGGAAAUGAUGGGGACUCUUUUUAAAGCUCACACCAACCCCACACAUUGACAAGUGGGACCCGGUGACCCAGCAGCAGGGGCUCCUGAUCGGCCCGUGCACGCCGCUCUGGGGACUCUCUGCGGCGGCCACUCUCUCGCUCGGCUCAGCCUCCUCCCUCCAGGCCCCGCCUCCCGCAUGAAGCCCUCCGAAGAAGAGGAGACGAGCAGAGGACAGUUUAAAACUCCGAGCCGGAGACGCUGUUUGUCCACGUUUUGUGAAACCGUCGCCUCCACUUCUUCCUCAGCUCAGUGUUUGUUUUACCCACCGCUGAAAAACAAGGGUGUGAAGAGGAGGAGAAGAAGGAGAGUGUGUGAUAUCCGCUCCCAGCAGCAGCGGAGCGACUUCAAACUUUCCCCCCAAGUUGACUUCACAGUUUUCCGGAGACUCUUCGCUGGCUGGAGCUGGAAGCUGACUUCUUUACACCACUUCAUAGAGAGGGAAAUCCUUGUGGAGGAAAGCAGGAGAAAGGCCUGUUCAUCCACCGCCCUCACGCUGGAAUCUGCAGGAUAAUAACAAUAUGGCUUUAAGAUCCCCCGUUCCUGUGUUACUUCUUGCUAUAUGUUGCCUGGCAUCUGCAGGUCCUUUGAUCCGCAGCCCAUGUGAGCUGCUGCCGGUGGGGAUGGCACACCCAGUGCAGGCCAUGUUGAAGAGCUUCACUGCCCUGUCAGGCUGUGCAAGUAGGGGCACCACCAGCCUCCCUCAGGAGGUCCACAUCGUCAACCUGAGAGGACAUGCUCCAGAGGGACCAGACAACACCCCGGCAGAAGUUGAGUUGCAUCUGAAGCCCAUCCAGUCUCUGCUGCGCCACCAGAAGCCACUGGUCUUGGUGCUCAACUCCCCCCAGCCACUGAUCUGGAAGAUCAAGACAGAGAACCUGGCCCUGGGCAUCAAACGUACCUUUCAUGUACCGGAGAGCUCAGAGGUCCACUUUCAGCCAGGAAACUUCUCCCUCUCCUGCCAGAUCCAGAAGGAGACGCUUCCCCAUGGCAAUGAGCACCUCCUCAGCUGGGCCCAGAAGAAGUACAGGGCAGUCACCUCUUUCUCUGAGCUCAGGAUGACUCAAGAUAUCUACAUCAAAGUGGGAGAAGACCCAGUGUUUUCUGACACCUGCAAGAUUGAUACCAAGUUCCUGUCUCUGAACUACCUGGGCGGCUACGUCGAGCCACAGACUUCAAAGGGCUGCGUGCUCUCUGGCCUCGACAAAGACCAAGAGGUCCACAUCAUCGAGCUGCAAGCCCCCAACUCCAGCAGUGCUUUCCAGGUGGAUGUCAUUGUGGAUGUACGGCCUCUGGAGGAAGAUGCCCCCCUGCAUCGUGACGUCGUCUUGGUGCUCAAGUGCGCUAAGUCUGUCAACUGGGUCAUCAAAAGCCACCGUUUGAGUGGCAAGCUGGAGAUUGUGGCCUCUGAUACCGUGAGUGUGAGCUCCACCACAGAGAGACUGAUGCAAGUGUCAAAAUCCCCCAAGCAGCACUUGCCAUCAGGAUCACAAGCCUUGAUCAAGUGGGCAGAGGAGCGUGGUUACAGUCCAGUCACGUCUUACACCAGCACUCCUGUAGCCAACAACUUCAGUAUCAAACUGAGAGAGCCAGAUGUGGUGGAUCCUAUGGAGAGCAUGUUGCCCCCGGAGCUCUCCAUCCUGCGCAACUCCAGUCCUUAUCCAGGAGCAGGGGUUGCUUCCCGACGCUCAGGUCUGCCCUUCCUCUUCCCCCCGCCUGUGUCCGACGGACUGCCCUACCUGCAGAGUUCGUCCAUCCUCGACGACCGGCCCGGGGAGAACGGCGAGCCAGAAGAGCUGCAGGGCGUCCUGAGUGUUGGCCUCAGCCUGCAGUGUGAGGACACAAGGAUGGUGGUCAGCAUUGAAAAAGAGAGUCUGCAAGCGAACGGAUUUAUUCAUGUCAACCUCACACUCCAAGACCCAAAAUGUAAAGCAACAGUGAAUGCCACCCACUACACGCUGGAAACUCCUCUGACAGGCUGUGAGACCACUGUAUAUCCAAUGCAGGGAAGCCCUAUGGCUCUCCACAUCAACUCUGUCUUUAUAAGUCAUGCUGAGACCAAGGAUGGGAGUGGUGGGCCGCUGGAUGAUGUGGAUCUGGAAUCCGGAGACGUGCUGUUCCCAAGGGACCCGGUUGAGAGGACGAACAGCGAGCACCAGUCUGUCAUCAUGUUCAACUGCACAUACAGAAAGAACCAGGAAACCUCUGAAACAGUUCCCAGGAUUGUACCGGGACCGUCCAGGCAGCCGGUCAACAACAUGACGUUCACUAUGGAGGUGUACAACACACUGCCGUCCAACAGCCCCUCGCGCCAGGCCUUCUUCACGGUUUCACAGAAUCAGAAAGUCUUUGUGGAGAUCACAUCAACCGCAUCGGACUCGAAUCUGGGGUUCACCAUCAUAUCAUGCUCCAUUUCUCCCAACUCCAACCCCAGCAGUUCCUCAGACUACACCCUCAUUGAGACCGUCUGCCCCACAGACGAGUCCGUCCAUAUCUACUCUAAGACUGACUUCCCUGUCCCUCACGCUCAUUUGGAUAAGAAAAGUUUCAGCUUCACCUUCAGCUCAAAGUUGAACAUGUCCCUGCUUUUCCUGCACUGUGAGAUGUCUCUGUGUGCCAAGAGAUCUCAGAGCAGUCACAGUCUUCCGCCGUGCCUGCAAACCAGUGAGACCUGUGACUCUCUUGAUGUGGACAGCAUCCUCAAGAUGAUGAUGAACAGAAAGACGACAACCCAGCCGCUGGUUGUGUUGGAUGUCUCUGGUCAGCCAGACAUAACAGUUGUUUCUACAUCCCCAGAACCUCCUAUUGAUAGCUCUCUGUAUGUUCUGGACACUCCAACAGUGGUGGGAAUCGCCUUUGCAGCCUUUGUGAUUGGGGCUUUGUUGACCGGAGCCCUGUGGUUUAUCUACUCCCACACAGGUGAGACAGCUGGCACACAGCAUGUCCAGAAGUCCCAACCCGCCUCCGAGAACAGCAGCGCGGCUCACAGUAUCGGCAGCACGCAAAGUACGCCCUGUUCCAGCAGCAGCACAGCGUAGCCCAGGACACUUCCCCAGCGGGGCGCACGGCCCUGCUGUGGCUCCUUGAAGGGCCCCGGGGGUUCACAGGGACCGUUUGAUGAUUUCCUUCCAUGAAAGGAGUUAUUUUUGGAGGGCGUGGUAGGAAGGAAAAAAAAAUUGUAUAAAGUUUAAAAAAAAAAAAAGAAGAAAACACAAUAGCACCUGUAGUUGUUGUGUAAGUCCACUUGUGCCACUUCAAGUGUGUGCAGUCAGAUGUACUGUCCUGGUGUGUAAAGGUUCUGAAACUCAGCUCGGCAUCACCUCAUUUCUAGCACGCAACAAAUCUACAAGAAACAAAUAUGCGCGUAUACCAGACAUUUCUUUCUAAUCCAAAUGCUGCUUUUUUUUCUGAGCACAACAGAGCUGUUUUGACCUUAAAUGGUUUGAUUUAGGCUGUUUGUAUCAGGCAGGUGCUCUGCAACAGCAGUGAUGCCAGUAUUAGUGAGUGAGAUGUCGAUGGCUGCACUGUUAGACGUUACUUUAGGACAUGCAGCACUCAACAUGGGAGAGCAGCAAAGCAACCACUAUUAACAUGUGGACAAAAGUGCAGUAUUAGCAGGAGUCAUCAUCUUGAGCCAAAGAGAGGUAAUGGCUUUUAAGAGACGCAGGGCAGAGUAGGUAUUGAAUGUAUACAGAAGAGUAAAAAGCCAAAAAAUGUGAAAGAAAAAUGUGAAAGUUGUGCUGUUGAAUGCCACAUUUCAUAAUGAACUAAUUACACUCAUCCCUCCCUAUCAUUGGAUUUAUACACAGUUUUUCUGUCUGUAAGGUAGUUAUAGUUGUAGUUAUAGUGCAUUUCAGUAGGUGGGAGUCUGAGUCUUAAUUUCAUACACAAGUUGUUACACAACUUCACAGGGGCAUUAUCGGUUCCCUUUUAUUACAGUCGUUUUUAAUGGAAAUGUUCAGUAGUUUGGGAAAUAAUUUUUAAAAGUUAGAUGAGUAGAUGGAUGCCUCUUUCAUGUCUAAUCAUUAAGUGGGGAACUCAGUGCAUGAGAUGACUAGCCUAACCUAGCAUGAAGACUAUAGAGCAAACCACUGAGUUCAGCGAUCAGUUCAAUGUUAUGAAUGAUUUACAGAACAAAACUUCCCCUAAGAGUACAUUUUCAUUUAAAAUUUCUGCCUGUGCAUGGAAAGGUAUUCAUUAAUUAGCUUGUGCAUUCCGCAUGCAGUUUUUAAUGCUAAAGUGGCACGUUAAUUCACAUGCUCUAUCUCAUGUGUUGAAUCUGUAAACAAAAAGAAAAGUAAAAGCUUUGAUGUGGUGUUUUUAGGGGGUAACUCAUACAUUACCUUUUCUUGCAAAAUGCUAAGCUACUCUAAUCAACUCCCGACUCGGCACCACACUAAACACAGAUGUGAGAGUGGCUUUGAUCCUGAGAGCAAAUAAGCAUUUCCCCAAAUUAUUCUUUUCAUAUGUGUAUAUAUUUUUUUGUAAAUAUUGUAAAUACUCCAAAAUGUCAUGAGGCAGAGAGUGAAAAGGAUGUUUUUGUGCUUGUGGACUGGACAGUGUAAUGUCCAAGUUAUCACCGUGUCAUAUUAUAUAAGUGAUAUACCUGUGUUGAAUUACAAAAACAAAUGGGGGGGGUGUAAUUUCUUCAGAUUUUAUUUUUAAUUAUUACGUCCUCGCAUUGGUGAUGUAGUUUGGAUUUUCUGUACCAGGGCUGCCACUGAAUAUUUUUUUCACAUUGAUCAACAAAGUCUUUGUUUGGUUUAAAAAAAAAAAGCUAUCAAAUUUAGAAGCUAUAAAAGUCAAUAUUUGGCAUUUCCCUUGAUAAAUGAUUACAUUUCUACCAAUUGAUUAUUUAGCUCAUUGUAGACUUACAGCAUCAGACAGAGGCUGAGGGAGAGUAGUUUUUAUAUAAGGCCAAAUGUUCAGUGUUUUAUUGUUGUUUUUGUAAAUCUUGGCACUGACAGUGUUGAAUAAGCUCAAGCUUAAGGUCUUUUUUAUGAACAUAUGUUUGCAGGUGUUCGUCAAUCAGCAACACUUGGACUACCACACCGUCUCAGAAUAGCAUGAAUGUUUGCUGCAGUGCCUUCCUUCAUUAACCUGCAUGUGUUUUUAUCAGACUGUGUGUGGGACUAACCUGUAACGAUUUAACCAACAAGAAAAGCAGAAUGUAUGCUAUCUCAAAGCUUUUGAACCUAUUUUUUCUUUUCAUAUGUAUAAACAUGUAUAAAGCUUUCUACAGAGGGAACAGAGUAUAAAGAUAUAGAUAUAUAUAUAUGUGUGUAUAAAAUUAUAUUUUGGAAUAUAUAUAUAUAUAUACCAAGAGAAAUUUAUUGUUUUCUAUGUGUGUUAAGUACUGUGAAUUGUGGAUGUGCUCAUACAUAAGACUUUAUGAUUUGCAUAGAUCAUAAAUAAAUGCCCUGCGCCAUGUUUUAUGACACUUUGACAAAUAAUAAAAAUUCAAUUUAAAAUUAUUGAGCUCUUUAAAAUAUGAUUCACUGUCUGAUGGAAAAGUCUAAACCUCAUCACUAUUUGUAAGUCUGAGAAAUAACUUUUUCAAAUGUAACCUUUGAAACUUUAUUCAACAAUGUGUCAUAACACACACCAUGGGUUUAUAAUGAAUGCUACAUAUAAAUAUAUUAUUUCUUCUGCACAUGGAAGAAA